GAUCAAUUCGCUCUCUUACUCUUUGCUUUCGCUUAUAAUACCUUAUUAAACCACACUUUUACUUUAAUAUCACCAUGAGUGGACAAUCCGGACUUGGAGCCUUUAGCAUCGACAAUCUGCUCGGUCGAAACAAAAGCAAGCCACAAAAGCAGGAAUCAAGGAACACUCGAGGAUGCUGCGGCUGUCCCCUAGACAAACAUUUGAUGAGAGGAUUCAACACGGACAAGUGUCGGUGCAGAUGUCAUGAAAGUCAGAGACAGCAGCAACUCUCAAUGUCUUCAACAUUCGGACAAAAAGAGAGGAAACGUACUACCUUCACAGAAAUACAGAACAAGGGGAUGCGAAAUAUUUUCGAUCAUAAACGGUACCUGGAUGGAGGAGAACGUGACGAAAUUGCAAAACAAUUUAACCUGACCCCAGCCCAGGUUAAGAGGAAAUGGCAGAAUUUCCGGGCUAAGGACAACAAAACCGUUCAGACGACUAUGUUUUCAACUGGCUUUUCGAAUCACAGUUACGGUAGGUCGCUAUCCUACAGCGCAGCUGCACAGCCCUACGUCAAACCGAACAGCUCCUACAACGACAGACUGAUGAGCUCCAACAACAGCUCCACCCUCCACGGAAACAACUUCCUCUCUCACAACCUCAGACUCAACGCUAACACUAACUAUCUUGGCAAGGACUUGGGAUUAUUUGGGGGAAAAACAACGAAGCCAGCCUUCAGUACUCCAACAUUUAACCUCGGGUGGUCCUUCCAAUAAAUGAAGGAAACAUCUAGCACCCCUAGCUCACACCCCUAGCUCACACAAAGACAGUGGAGAACUGCAAGCCAAAAAGUAGACGAUGAACCACCGGAGAAAUCAGUUAUAUUAGGCAUUUAAGAUCGCCUGGACUUUAAAAACUGAUCGGUUAUGACCUUUCAUUCUGUGUGUACAUGCAAGAAUUUAUAGACGACUUAAUGAUAUGUUUUAGUAUUAGCGAUAGUGAACUAUAUUGUUUUAUUUUAGUGAUGGUUUUUGAAUCCGAGUGAUUAUUUGAGAUAAAUUUCUUGACCUGGAUGAAUCAGGUCUCUGAUCUUUGAAAUAAUUUGAUUUUUAUUUGCUAUACCUCGUUAAUACAGUUUUACAUGUGAUACUGGCCGUGUGAUCCGUGGUACGUUGUAGGCUGAAGGCACCCUUGAUACUGAAUAUUUCAUGAUGUUUCCUAGACUCAUUUUUAACUCUCUUUAUCCAGCUACAAUUCGAGUGUUUUUAACACAGAACUGGCUUUAUCGUAUCCAUUUUCAAAUGAUUUUGAUUAGUGUUAAAGUAUGCGUGUACAUUUGUUUAAAGUAUGAUACCUUGUUUAAAAUGAGAAUUGGGGCUUUAUCAUUUCUAUUUUAAACGAUAGGGCAAAUUCAAUUAAACUUGGUAUAUAAACCGGAACCUUACAAAAUAAAUUUUAAAAUAUCUCCUGAUAUCAGAGUUAAAACCGAGUGGUGGAAUGUCUUUUAGAUUUAGAUAAUAAGAUUUAAUGUGUCUGCAUGUUUUGAGAUUAUUGUAAAAAUAUUAGACUUUUUAUGCAUUCCUUU